AUGACGGAUCGGGAGUACGAGCAAAAAUUGAUUAAUGAAAUGACAUACAACGUUCCGGCCAUGUUGCCAGCCGUCCCCUAUGCUCCUAUGGCUCCUGUCAGUGCUCCUAUGGCUCCUAUCAGUAUUCCUAUGGCUCCUGCCAGUGCUCCUAUGGCGGUAGCUCCUAUCACCGCUCCAAUCAGUGGUACUCCUGUCACAGCUCCAAUCAGUGUUACUCCUGUCACAGCUCCUAUCAGAGUUACUCCUGUUACUGCGCCUAUCAGUGUCUCUCCCGUCACUUUUCCUAUCAGCGUUGCUCCUGUCACUCCCGCUCCUCCCAUCCCGACGGUUGUAGUAAAAUCUGACGAAGGUCCGAGUCCAUGUGAACAAUGUCAAUCGACAUGUGCUCAAACCUGCCAAAAGAUAUCAAUUGCUCCUCUCCUAUGUCAGCAGCAAUGCAAGCGAAUCUGUCUUCCUGUCUGCAUACCAGUACCAGAACCCGGGAAUCAAAUCCGGGUCAUUGUAGAAGAAUCGGUGAUUAAGGGAGCAGAUUGCCAACCAAGAUGUGAAGUAGUAUGCAAUGAGCAAUGUGUGCAACUAAGCCAGGUAAAGAAAUUGAGUAGAACAGUAGCAAUGUUAACCCCAUCAAUAUAUUUGAAACGGCUAAAGAGCCGUAGAAAUGCGUAAAA